AUGCCUUUAAAGGAUGGAUCCUGGAGGAUUGCGUCACCAGGGCAGAAAGUUCCUUGGCUGUGGAAGUUUUCUAGUCGAUUUGCCGUGAGAACUGUGGGCCUUUGUAGCAAACUUUGGUUAGAAUGGCUGAACACAGUCAAGGUUCAUAAUAAGGAGGUUUUGCACAACUUAGUAGAGAACAGGCCAAAUGACAGAGGACUUCUGACUGUCAGUAAUCACAGUAGCUGCGUGGAUGAUCCACUUGUCUGGGGAACUUUAAAGACAAGGCACCUGUUGAACUUUGACCUAAUGCGCUGGUCGUCUGCAGCAGAAGACAUUUGCUUUAUAAAGCCCUGGCAUGCAGUAUUCUUCUCCCUGGGGAAGGUGUUUCCUCUGGUAAGGGGAGACGGUGUUUACCAGAAGGGCAUGGAUUUCUCUGUAGAACAGCUGGAUCUUGGUAAAUGGGUCCACUUUUUCCCAGAAGGCAAAGUCAAUGUAACUCAAGAAUUUUUGAGGCUGAAAUGGGGAGUAGGAAGAGUUAUUGCUGAUUGCAAGAAAACUCCCCUGGUUCUUCCAAUGUGGCAUGUAGGCAUGGAUCAAAUUCUGCCAAACUGCAAACCAUACAUUCCUCAGAUAAGAAAGCAUGUGACAGUACUUAUAGGAAAACCCUUAGACUUGACUACAGAUGUGGAGAAAUUAAAGUCAUCAAACAAAUCUGCUCAGGAGAUAAGAAAAUGUUUGACUGAUAAGAUACAAGAAGAGAUGCAAACAAUGAAAACUGUUGCUGAAUCACUACAUCAAGAAUGGAAGUCCUCCUGA